UGAUCAGCUGUGUCCAAUCACAGCUGAUCACAUAGGAGAGCCGGUAAUCGGUAUUCCAUGGAGUGUGCCCUGAUGAUCAGUGUGGCCCCAGAAGUGCCACCUGUCAAUGCCCAUCAGUGCCAGCUGCCAGUGCUGAACAGUGCCACGUGCCAGUGCCACAUCAAUGCCACAUAUCAGUGCCUACCAGUGCACAUCAAUGCCACAUAUCAGUGCCCAUCUGAGCUGCCUUUCAGUGUCACCCAUCAGUGCCAGUCAGUGCCAACUACCAAUGCCAAUUAGUGCCACCUACCAGUGCUGCCAAUCAGUGCCACCUAUCAGUGCCAGUCAGUUCCACCUAUCAGU